AUGCGGCUCGCUCAGCGCGCACUGGCCGCCUGGCGGGAGCAGUUCCCCGUGAUCGGCCGGGAGGUGGCUCGUUGGUUCCCGGGCCACAUGGCCAAGGGACUGAAGAAGAUGCAGAGCAGGCUCAAGCUGGUGGACUGUAUCAUUGAGGUCCACGAUGCCCGGAUCCCACUUUCGGGCCGCAACCCCCUGUUUCGGGAAACCCUUGGCCUCAAGCCUCACCUGCUUGUCCUCAACAAGAUGGACCUAGCAGACCUCACGGAGCAGAAGAAAAUCCUACAGCGCUUAGAAGAGGAAGGAUUGAAGAAUGUCGUUUUCACCAACUGUGUGAAGGAUGAGAAUGUUAAUCAGAUCAUCCCGAUGGUCAUGGAGUUGAUUGCGAGCAGCUCUCGCUAUCACCGAGGUGAGAACCUGGAGUACUGCAUGAUGGUCAUCGGGAUUCCCAACGUGGGCAAGUCCUCCCUCAUCAACUCCAUCAGGAGGCUGCAUCUCAGGAAAGGAAAAGCCACCAGGGUGGGUGGUCAGCCUGGUGUCACCAGAGCUGUGAUGUCCAGAAUUCAGGUAUGUGAACGGCCUCUUGUCUUCCUGCUGGACACUCCUGGGGUGCUGACCCCUCGGAUUGAGAGUGUGGAGAUGGGCCUGAAGCUGGCUCUAUGUGGGACAGUGCUGGAUCACUUGGUGGGCGAGGAGACCUUGGCUGACUAUCUUCUCUACACCCUUAACAGACACCAGCUCUUCAGGUACGUGCAGCACUACAGCCUGGACAGGGCCUGUGAUGACAUUGAGCAUGUGCUCAAGAAGGUGGCCGUGCAGCUAGGCAAGACCCGCAGGGUGACGGUGCUCACGGGCACUGGGAAUGUGAAUGUCAUGCAGCCCAACUAUACUGCGGCGGCUGGUGACUUUCUCCAGGCCUUUCGGAGUGGGCUUCUGGGCCUAGUGAUGCUGGACCAAGACGUCCUGGCCUCCUGA